AUGCCUCAAGCCCAGCCCGAGCUGAAAAAGGUAUCGCUCCGUCUCCGCCCGCCCAAAACACCCCCCUCCCCUCCCUCUGCAUCCUGCGCGCAGAAAGAUGUGUAUCUGUAUCUGUAUCUAUGUAUGUGUGUGUGCUGACUUCUCCUUCUUCUUCCUACUAGUACCUCGACAAGCGCGUCGAAGUGCAACUGAACGGCUCGCGCACCGUCAUGGGGACGUUGAGGGGGUAUGAUGUGAGUUCCUUACCCUUUCCCCCCUCCCCUUUCCCCUUUCGAGAGCGUCGAAAGGCUCGCUCGAGGGCCUGAAAGAAGGGAAACCACGAUGGAUAGGAAUUUUGCUGAUGUAUGUGGUGACCAGGUCUUCCUCAACAUCGUGCUCGACGAAGCGACGGAGACGAAGAGCGACGGGGAGAAAGUGCGGCUGGGCAUGUGUGUGAUUCGCGGGAAUUCGGUGGUGAUGAUGGAGGCGCUGGAUCGCAUUGAGAGUGAGCAUCGGGGGGGUGGGAGGUGA